UACAACUUUUUAUUACAAUAUUAUAAUAUAAAAAUGAAGAGUAAAGAAACAUGUAAUGCUAAUCAUUCCACAAGUCAACCCGGGUUAAGAAUUAACUCAAUGAAAGGGUACUAAUAAAGUGGAAGAAACCUGAUUUAUUGUCAAAAUUUCAGCAAGAAAGAAGUGGGAGGAGGAGAACAUUUAUUUGUAUGUAUCAUGUACGUAUAGAGAGAGAAAAGGAGUGAGAAGGGGGUUUUGGGAUUUGGUAACGUUGGAUUCAGGUGGUGCUGUGAGAGAGUAAAGGAAAAGAGAGGAAAAAAGGAGAGAUUUUUGAAGUAAAUGCUGUGAGGAAAAAGAAAGGCUUGUGGUAUUGGUUAGUGAAGAGACAAAAGCAAAGAGCGGUUUUGUAACUGAAAAGUGAGAGAAAAUGAGCUGAAUUCCUGCAUCCAUUACACACAAAAACACAUAGCAUUUGUUGCACCCCUCCAAAGCUGUUAGACAAAGCUGCACACACACAUUUAAGGAGAGAGAGAGAGAGGGAUAGGGAUGCAUUGAAAAGGGGGGAUUCAUUAAGUGGUUUUUGUAUGUGAAUGAGGAUGGAAAAUAACGGGUGAGUUUUUGCCUUUGGAUUAUUGAUGAUGAUGCUAAUCGGGGUAGGUUGAAAGUGUGGGAGAGGAGCUUUAUUUUCUAUUUAUUUCGUUUUUUCUUUCUUCCUUUCUUCUUCAAGCAUCAAAGGCUCAAGCUUUUAUUUUUUGGUGUAUUGAUCUUUGUUGAGGUUUUAGAGAGCCUUUUCCUUCAAUUUCUAUUUUUGGUGCUUUUGCUCUGUUUCUGUGAGCUUUGAAUGGCGCAUGCUGAUGGCCUGAUAAGAGGAGGCUCUCAUGAAAGAGGUGUGGGGAGUAAUGAUCUGUACACAGAACUAUGGAAGGCAUGUGCAGGGCCUUUGGUGGAUGUUCCUUGUGUCCGAGAAAGAGUUUACUACUUUCCUCAAGGUCACAUGGAACAAUUAGAGGCAUCAACAAAUCAGGAACUGAAUCAACAAAUCCCUCACUUCAAUCUCCCUCCGAAGAUCCUUUGUCGUGUUGUUCACAUUCAGUUGAAGGCUGAACCAGAAACAGAUGAAGUUUAUGCACAGAUCACUUUACAACCAGAACCAGAUCAAAGUGAGCCUACGAGCCCAGAUCCUUCCCCACCUGAUCUGCCAAAGCCGGCUGUUCAAUCUUUUUGUAAGAUUUUGACAGCAUCUGAUACAAGCACUCAUGGGGGUUUCUCUGUCCUUCGGAAGCAUGCCAACGAGUGCCUCCCUCCAUUAGAUAUGACCCAGCCAACCCCAACCCAGGAUUUGGCUGCCAAAGAUCUGCACGGGUAUGAGUGGCGUUUCAAGCACAUAUUCAGAGGUCAACCGAGGAGACACUUACUUACAACUGGUUGGAGUACGUUUGUCACCUCAAAGAGAUUGGUCGCUGGUGAUUGUUUUGUUUUCUUGAGGGGCGAUAAUGGGGAGUUGCGAGUAGGGAUACGCCACCUUGCUCGACAUCAGAGCUCUAUGCCACCCUCUGUCAUUUCCAGCCAAAGCAUGCAUCUUGGUGUGCUUGCAACUGCAUCACAUGCUAUUACAACGCAAACCUUAUUCGUGGUGUACUACAAGCCACGGACGAGUCAGUUUAUUAUCGGGCUGAAUAAGUACCUAGAGGCUAUGAAACAUGGAUUCUCGGUUGGCAUGCGUUUCAAAAUGAGAUUUGAAGGAGAAGAUUCACCUGAAAGAAGGUUCACGGGCACUAUAGUUGGAUUUGGAGACUUCUCUUCACAGUGGACUAAAUCUGCGUGGCGUUCGCUCAAGGUGCAGUGGGACGAACCAGCAACUAUAAUGCGGCCAGACAGAGUCUCACCAUGGGAGAUUGAGCCCUUUGUAGCUUCGGCUUCUGUUGAUGCAUCGCUGCCAGCUAUGAAAAUGAAAAGGCCUCGACCUCUUGAUCUACCUCUUACCGAAACUAUUACUGCUUCUGCGGCAUCUCCUAUUUGGUAUCCAAAAUCAACCACGUCCCUCGAAUUGAGCCACCUAACUAGCACUAACGACGUUCAGAGCAGUGAUAAACAACUUUUCUGGCCUCCUAAACCGAAAGAGCACCAUCUCCCAAGUUCUGCACCACAUUCUGGUGGAGCAUGGCCGUCUCUAUCGAAUGUGAAUGGUUCUCUGAGCUUGUUUCGAGAAUCAACAGAGGAAAACAAAAACGUUUUGUUACAAUCUGCUGUUCCUAAUUAUCACUCUCCUGUCUCAUCAAGGACAAGUAAUUGUCUAGACCAUAUAAAAAAGUCAGAAACUGCCCCUGCAUGCCGUUUAUUUGGCUUUGAUUUGAGGAACAACGCGAACAAACUCCCUCAUCCGUUGGAAAAGGAAGCACCUUUAGCUCGUCCAAGCACUAUUCUGGGCUGUGACUCACUGCCUAAGAGGCCUGAAACUGACGAGAAAAAAGGUGUGGACGUUUUGGCUUCAUCAAAGGAAAGAAAGGAUGCUCAAGUGGAGGCCCCUCCGAAUGAUACUCAGGGACAACAGGGUUUUGUUUUGUCUUCAAGAACUCGGAUCAAGGUUCAAAUGCAAGGGAUUGCUGUUGGGCGUGGCGUGGACUUGUCUGCUUUUCAUGGCUAUGAUGAUCUUAUCGAGGAAAUGGAGAGUAUGUUUGAUAUAAAGGGAGAGCUUCGCGCUCGCAACAAAUGGGAGGUGGUUUACACCGACAACGAGGGAGACAUGAUGCUCGUGGGAGACGACCCUUGGCAGGAGUUCUGUAAGAUGGCUAAGAAGAUUUGCAUCUAUUCUAGCGAUGAAGUGAAGAAGAUGAGCCCGAGAUGCAAGCUUCCUAUAUCGCCCAUAGACGGCGAAGCCACAGUCUUGAGCUCAGAAUCACAACCUAAGUCAGAAGCAUGAAGUUUGUAUAUCCUCUCUCAUCUACAUUCUCUUCUCUAAGAAUCCUUAGAUUCGGGGUAUACAACGUGGUAGGCGCAUGAUGCUCGUUUUUUUUUCCUUUUUUUGUUGUUGUUGUUGUUGUUGGGGUGGGGGGGAGCUUGCUAUGUAGCAUUAGGACUGAUGGAAGUAGAAAGCCACCAUAGUCAUCAAGAAACUCUAAGAAAACAAGAUGACUCUUGGAAGUUGUAAAUACAAUGUUUGUGGGUGUUUAAUCAAGUUUAUUAGGUAAAUUUUCAA